AUGAGAGAAGAAAGCUAGAAUGAAUUUUAGAGACUUUUCUUAUAUACAAAAGAUUUCGAUAAAAAAUUAGAGAACUUUGAGUACUCUGAUAUGAUAAUCCUGCCAAGGUCUAUUCUUAAAGAAUUAUCAUUAUAAGAGAGGAAAGCAUUUGAAAUACUGGUCUAAACUAAAACUCUUAUAAUGGAAAUAAAGCCUGUCAAUACUUAUCUAAAUCAAUAAUUGCCAUUUAAAUUAUUAAGACCUUCAAUCCAAAAGCCAAAAGAUUAGGAAACUUAGCCAAAUGAGUCACUUAAGAUAAACAAAGAUAUCUAAAGAAGAUAUUUGCCUAAAUCUUAUCAGUAGAACAAACUUACAUCUUAAGUUCUUAAAAGGUCUAAAACUAAGUUAAUUGUCAAAGAUUAGUCAACAUUUGAACAAGAAUCAAUGCUAUUUAGUCAAAGUUAGCUGUGUUGGUUAGGCGGUUUCACUGAUAAGAUUGAAGAUUCGAUAUAACUUCCAAAAUGGUUACAGAAUCUUGCUUAAAUCUCAAAGAUAAAUGGUGUUUUCGUGAGAAAAUUAAAUCAAACAGAGGUAGAUGGCAUUUUAUUUGCUAAGUAAAUAGAGAUUAAGCCAAUUACUCCAAAUUGUCAAAUACUGUGGAAUUCUAUAAAAUCAGACAAACUCAAUGAAAUGCUCAAGUAAUCAAUGGAUAAUUACAAAUUGAUAUGGGCAGGAAAGAUUUUAAAGUUAAAAAUCAACGGAAAUCUCUAUAUGUACGAAGUUGAUAAAAUCAAUCCAAAAGUGGAUAAGACUGGCUCAAUUUAAAUAUAUUAUAACGAUAACAGUGAUGUGAAGCUAUUAGAGUUUAGUAGAAGAAGAUAUGAGGAGUUGAAGAGUAGUGAAUUUGAUUUGUAUGAGACCUAUGAUUUUCAAUUUAUGGAAAUGAGAAAUAUGUCAUCAGCAAUGGACAUAGAUGAGGUAUUGAAGAAAAAGGGAUUGGAUUUAGAGCAGAUAUAGAUUCAAGAAGAAAAUAAUUAAUUGCUGCUACAAAUCUAGAGCUAGCUGAGGGAGUUGAAUAUAGUCGAUCAACAUAAUUGUAUGAGGAUGUAGAAAAGUCAUAGCGAGAAAUUCUUUGAAGGUGAAUAAAAGUAGAAUUCAAUAAAGACUAAAUUAAUGUUAAAAUUUACACUACAAUAAUAACAUAACUAUGAGAAAAAAUAGUUUUAAAAGGAACUAGAUAGAAAAAUUAGAAUCCAAGAAUAAAGGUAGAGAUGUAACGAGGAAUUAUUGAGAUAGAUCUAAUAAAAAAGUCAAUAAGAAAUGCUUAAAGAAGAUUAUUUCGAUUCUUUAAAGGACAAAAAGGAAAUGAAAGAGGAAAUUGAGUCUCCAGAAUCAAAAAAGGAAUAAGAGAAUAAAGCAGAACAGGAAUUUACUGAUAUGAAGCCAAGCAUACAAUAGACACUCAGGAUAAGUAGAUAAUCUUAAUCUAGACCAUAUAUCUCCAUAAAACGAGAAAAUCCAUUCCAUCGACCUAUUAAUAGCUUUAAUAAGGAUCUAAUAAUAGUGCGAUCUCCAUUACUUAAACAAAGUACACCAUUGAGCAGAUAAAGCAUUAGCCUAAAUCAUUAAAAAGAGCUUAAUAAUGAUAUUUAAACAGAGGGACUAUCAAACGAUAGCUAAAUACUAAAGCCAAAUUAUCAAAGUUAGAAUGAUCAGCUAAAUUUCUGGGAUCAAUUGAGUCAUGAGGAUUAUUUAGAAAAAAAGGAAAGAUAUAAGGAAAGCAUUUAUAAUUAAAUCUAAAAAAAUCAAAAGUCUGUAAUUGAAAAUAUGAAUGGAGUAGAGUACUCACCACGAGCCAAAACUCAAGAAACUAAGAGCUACGCAAGUAAUAAUUCACCGAUAUCUCCCAAUUUGACUCACCUAAAAUAGCCUUUCAUUCAUAUUUCACAAAAAUAGCUUUAAGAGCGAUCCUAAUCGUAAGGAGGAACAGAGAGGCUUGUUGCUGCUAUUGUUAAAGAGAAAAAUUUCAUUGAAAACAAAAUAAUCUAAUUGAGGUAAAUAGAGACAGCAAAUCAGCUUAAAUAAUGCAGGUAAAUGAUAUUCUAAUAUAAAAAAGAAGAUUCCUUAAAGCAAAAGCAAGAAAAUGACUUAAAUAGCCGAAUCCCAGAUUAUAAGCAAAUGGAAAUGAUAUUAAUGUCAUCUGAUCCAUAAAGCUUUGAUUUAUAUUGCACAAAUGAAGAAGGAAAGACCAAGAGAGGCAGUGAGCAUAACGAGUUAGAUGAUACUAACCUCGAAAAUGUCAUUAUUCAUCAACUACCAAUAAUAAAUAAGCAAAAAGAUUACAAAAUGGCUUUAGAAGAGGGAUAUUAUAGACCUUUUAGAACCACUAAGUAAAAAUUCUUAGAUUUAAAUGAGAUACUAAAACCUUCUGAGUCCCCAAAGAAAAAAGACAAUGAAAAAAACCAAUUUAAUAAAACAUUUACAAAUAUGGCAAAACAAAAAUCUGUAUUAAGACCUUUACUUUAACCUGAAGAAAUGAAUGAAAAAGCUUAGAACACUAUAUUGAAGAUAAUAGGAAGUCAAACUCAAAGAUCUAAGGCGAAUAAAGAUAUUUUAAUUGCACAGGAUACUGAUAAGAAAAUUUAAAAGGAGGAAAAACCUAAGGAGGUUGAAAUAAAUUAUAAGUUUAUUCCUAAGUUCGAAAAAUUUCCCCCGUUACCUAUUUAUAAAUCACCUAGAAGAAGCAAUUUGCCUUCAAGAAAUUCAAUUAGAGAUUGGUCAAGAGAAAAAAAAUGA